AUAUAAAAAGUACCCUAUGUGCUAUUUCAGGUUAUAUUGUACCCGUGUACCAAAUUUUGCAUGCAAGAGUGACACACAUACACAAACUAGCAAAAUACCCAAGAUAGGAUUUUACGAAAUGCCCAAAUAAAAACGUUGUUAAAAUCAAGUCGAACAGAAUGCCAUAUCCACCCAAACGAACAUCAUUUGAAGUUUCCUAUUUUCUUUACCAAAUCGUGUAUUUUAUAAAUGAAGUAUAAACCAAACAAAAUAUAAUUUAACCCGCAAUUAUAAGGUCAUAUUACAACGCCUCGCGCGGUCCCCUGUUUUCAUAAACAUAUAUAUAUUGGUUAAUUUAUUGUAACUCCGUUUCAUAUGGACGUUGGUUGAGAAUGAGAUUUGCAAUAUGCGGACUUCUUUGUCUCAAUUUAGUUUUUUCCGUCCCGCAAGCCUCGCUUGCAGAUGAAGAAACCUAUUUGGGUGAUAUAAACAUAGAUUCGUAUGCGGCGCGUAGAAAUAAUCCCGAAAAUAAUGGAGAUUCAGAAAAACCCGAAACACUUGAGCGUAUUGAUAGACCGUAUGCUGUAGAUCAAAAUGAUGAUACGAGCCCUGACGAUACAAACCGCAGAAAAGAAAACAGCUACAGAGUUGUUAUGAAACAGACCUAUAAAAUCCGUGAGCCAGUAAAGUAUAAUGUCAGCCGUGUUAUUAAAACAAAAGUCACAAGGUCUAGGCCCGUUGUGCGUAAGAUAUACCGAAACAGAUAUGAAAAUUCAGAUGGUGCUUUAUCUAAAAUUUAUUAUGCUGGUAGAGAAAAUAAUGCAAACGUCGAAUACUUGCCCCUCUCUGCUGAUGUUCAAGUUGACGUUGAUACUAAUGAAGUUACAAGUGAUCAAACGUUAAAAGCCUAUCCGCAAAUCGAAGUUAAUGAAAUGGCUCGCAUUAAUGAACUAAGAUCUCAGAACCAACAAAAUUACCAUCCGUUAGAAUUAUUGAAACAAAAUGAUCGAUUAACAAGUCGAGGUCAAUUGCAAAGUAUCCAUAGUUACGCAUAUGUAUAUCCAAAAACGAUCGUAAAUUAUGCGCUUAAUCCGAACUCAAAUAGAAAUGAUUAUAAUAAAAGAUAUGAGCGUGUUUUCAAUAUGGAAUAUAAACCUGAAAUUUUAAAUAACUAUGUAUAUGAUAUUAAAAAUGGCCUGCGUGUAACAGGCAAUAAAUAUCCAGACAAUUAUAAGGCUCAAUGGUAUCAAACUAUCGGUACACUGAGUGACAAUGAUGAAAUUGAAAAGGAAAAUCAAGUAACCGAAAAUCAAAAAGUUAUUUCAGCACCAACCGAACAUGCUAAAGAAUUAUCAGAGUUUGGUAAAGGGUUAAUUCAAUUGAACAAUUUCUUGAAUGAUAAUAUGCACAAAUCUAAGAAAAGGGGUUGGUUUGAUGGUUAUGAUCAAAGUCAAUCUGAUUUAGCAAAAGAUUCCUCGAUUUAUACAAUAAAGAUCGGUGGAGGUUAUACACAAAACUCUGAGGUAAAUAAUAAUAAAGAAGUAGAUGAAAUAUAUAGUAAAUUUGACUUUACUCGCAGUACGACUCCUUUAGCCAAUAGCGCUGAUAUAACAAGUGCUGAGGCUGAUUCGCACAUGCUGAGAGUUACAAUCGACAAAGAGACAAAACCGCCUGAGAAAUCUGAACAUGUAUGGACUAUAACCCCAUAUAGUUCUCCAAUCGCAACCAGCGAACAUAAUCACGUAUCAAGCACUACAAUUGAUUCACCUAAAUUUAGAGAAAGGAUAAGUGCUCCGAUAGUUUCUAAAGAAAAUGAUGGAACAAAUGUUCAACCAAUUAAAGAAGGAGAUGAGUUAAAUAUGAAUGAUAAUCGAUCGGUAGAGCCCGAGGAACAGGUUUUUACUGAAAAAUUUACAGAUUGGACUCGAGCUCGCCAUACAUUACUACCAGAUGAUGAAGAUCUUGUAAGAGUGAUACAAAAAUCAAAUGAAGAACCUGCAUUCCCUAUAGUUUCAGAUGACGACGAGACCCUGUCUAACCCUGGCGAAAGAUUAGACGAAAACCAAUCAGGCCUAGAUAAUCCUAAAACACUUCGUCCUAAUACAGGAAAAUCUGUCGACGGAAAUCAAAAUUUGAAUGUGCUAUUGGAAAAACUAUCUGAUCUUCGAUUGCGUCCCGAUAAAGAAUUACAUAAAAUAGAGGACAACCCUUUUUUGUCAUGGGAAGUAGCACAUAAAAUUGAUACUAGUACCAAUUCAGAUGAAACUUUGUAUGAAACAACUGAAAAUCCAACAUUAGCAAACGUAUACGUAACCAGCCCAGCGUCUGGGACUUUGCGUGAAAAUCCAAAUCGGGAUUUACAAAGUGUAACUGAAUUCAGUUCCGAUCCUGUUACGAUUUUAAACGAAACUGGUGAAAAACCGAAAGAUCUUCGUUAUGGUUAUAGUAAUACGUUUGAUUUAAUUGAUGACAAUCCGGAGUUACAUGAAGCAUACGAAAAAAAAUCAGAUUUCACUAAUAAUUUUGACACAAUAAACUACAAUCCUGAAAAUAUUCGAGAAUUCUAUUCUGGUUAUGGUGAUGGUGUAACUGUUGAAAAUCCAAAAAGAUUUCAUACUUUCGUUCCGGAUUUCGUCGGGAAUUUUGAUAAAUAUGUUGAUAGUCGGCCUUACAUAUCUCAAGUUUACUCUCCCUAUGGUGAUCUUUUAAGUACAGAAGCAAAACCUAAAGAACACUAUUCUGGUUUAUUAAAUACAUUAGAAAAAGCCUAUCAAAGUUCCGUUUUGACACCACACGAAGGCUUUUCUGCUUACGCAAAAAUUUUGGGCCAAGCAAAUGAAAACCCAAUUGUAUUACCACAAAAAGUAUAUGAAGCUGGUGGUUAUGAUACGGGUUACAAUUGGGAAGAAUCAAACAAUCCGAAUGGAAUAUUAAAAAAAAUAUCUAACGUCUAUUCUGGUUAUGAUAACGUUUUGCAAAAAACAGAUGGAGACCCUAAUAGACUUUAUCCUAAUUUAGUUAAUACAUCAGACAAAACAGUCAAACAUCCAUUAGAAAAAUUGUAUGACGUCAGUUCCGACACGGGUGUUAAUGUGGAUGAAAUAAGCAGCCAAAAAGGAAUAUUGGAAAAAGUAUCUGAAUUCUAUUCUACUACUAGUGAAGCUGUAGGUACAACGAACGAAAAACCUACAAAACUUAACGUUGAUAUAGUCAAUUCAUUGGAUGAAACGAAUAAAAAUCCAGUUCUGGCAUUGAAAAAAAUCUAUGAAGUUAAUACAGAUGUCAUUGAAAAUGUAGACGAAACAAUUGUUAGCCCAAAUGGAGUGUUCCAAAAUGUAACUGAAAUCAACUCUGCUCCUGACAAGACUUCAGAAAAAAUUGGAAUGGUGACAAAUGAACCUGGUUCAAUUUCACACACGAUAAAAGAUCCAGACAUAGUUCAAAAUGUGGUUGUCGAAGAAGAAAUAUUAGAGAAAUCUACCACACAUAUUAUUCCAUCUAGCACUCCAGAAUUAAAUGAAAAUCAACUGACAUUAGAAGAAGAAUCUGUUUUACCCUUAACUACUAUACCCAAUGUAAAUUCACUUGAUACACAUUUGCCAGAAGUUAUAAAACAUCCCAAAGUUACAGAAGAAUUAGAGGAAGUUAAAAUAAAAGCUACACUUUUAGAUUUACAAACUGAUCUCACUGAACAUUUAAGGAUCAAUAAUAUACCAGAUCUUUUGGUUGAAACCGAACCACUAACUAAAAAGCAAUCUGAACCAGAAAAUAAGUCUAAUGAUUUCGAUGAAUCAGCGUGGACACUGUUUCCUCUCGAUGACGAUGAAGACACCGGUAAAGAAGUUUCGGUGGAGGAACCUGAUGAGAAUAAAAGAUAUUUCCCCCGCUUCCCCCGCCCCCCGCACGUGCCCCCGCCCCGCCCCCAGGAGUCGCCAGAGAAGGUGGUAGAAAUAUUUCCGAUAGAACACUAUGGAUACGACGUCAACGCUAACGAUGGACUCAAUUAUCCUGAAUUGUGGAGUGCUGAGUUUCAGACCGAAGAAUCGCAGGGAAAGAUGAAUCCUUACUCUUAUAUCAAUAAGGACGAUGUAAAUGAAGGACUGCAGUAUCCAGAGCUAGAACCGUUAAGAAUGUCAAAAAUUACGCAUACCACAGUAAAUUUGCCGACGAAAUAUCAUUAUGUACAGAAAAAGCUAAAUUAUCAUGAUGUCAACGAUGUCGAUGAAAAUAAAUACGAGCUCGUGCAUUUGUGUAAACUGGCCAGAGUGAAUUUAAACAGACUUAGAAACUUCGUGUCCAGAACUUACGGUUUGAACACUAAAACCGCUGAAGAAAGCGAUUUGAUUACAAUAAUUUAUAUUAUGGGAACUUUGAACGAAGCGAGGAAAUCAGAUUUGCCUGUUGAAAAUAUCGUAGACGAUUUACAAGCUAAUCUCAGGAGAUUAGGUGAAUUGAGAAAAAUGUUGUGUAAAGAUAUCGAUGAUAAUGACCACAAUGUGGAAAAUUUUGAUGACAGUGUUGAGAAUAAUGAAGAUAUAACGUUUCAUGCAAAUAUAUUACACCUUUUCGAUCAAUAUAUACUAGGGAGAGAAAAUAAAAAAGGUAAUUUAAAUAAUAAAACUCCGAAAUCACAUUCUGUGCCAGAUCAUGUGAAAAUUGUGAAGCAAAAUCAUUACGAAAUUAAACCACACACCUUAGAAUAUACAAAGGAACAUUUGUAUGUAACUAGACCAGACACAGAAGAGACAGUAAAUACAAAUUCUUAUGUAUCUAUAGACCAUAAUACAGUUGUAACUAAGCAUAAUACGCAACCUGUUAAAACAAAUGUUGAAAAUAUAGACCAAAAUGCGUAUGAUAUUGAACCAGAUUAUGAAAAUUCGUAUGAAAAUUUGUACACAUUCGCACCAGAUAAUACUGAAAAUGUAAAAUUUUACACACCGACACCAUAUUACGUAAAUAAUAAAAAACCAAAAGCAGCAAAUAAACCACGUAAUGUGAAUAAUCCCAAUGAUAAAUUGUAUACAAUCCAACCAGAUCAUACAGGAAAUUUAGACACAUAUACAUUAAAUAAAAAUAUCAAUCCAGAGACACCAGCUUAUUUUAAAAAGUUAAGCUUAAAUGUAAAUGAUAUUGAACCUGAAUAUGGGGAAAAUACAUAUGAAUAUACAAUAUCACCUAAUCACCGAGAAAAUAGAAAUAAAAACGUAGAUUCGAUAACACCGAGUUAUGCUAAUACUUUAAAUGAUAAAUUAUAUAAAAUUCAUCCAGAUGAGCCUGAAGAUAUUGAUACAUAUACAAUUAUUACAGAUAAAUAUCCAGAUGCGACUAUUUUUGUUGAUACUACUGAACCAGAAUAUGUUGAAAGUGCAGAUGAAAUGAGCUACACACAGGAACCAGACAAUGAACAUCUUUCUAAACAUUUUUAUUCAAAUAGACCAGCAUAUGAAGAAAUUUCAAGUCAUUAUAUGUACACAUACCAACCUGAUUAUACAGACAAUGUAAAUCAAAAUGAAUAUCCAUACAACGAAAAUUAUUAUCCAUAUGGAACGCCUUAUGCUGAAAAGACAGACAAAAAUUUGUACAACACUCAACCAAAAUAUGUUGCAAACGGAAUUUCGCAUACAAAGAGGCCAGACUAUAAUGACAAAUUGUCUCGAGAAUUGUACACGGAAAAUCCGAAUGACGAAGGAAACACAAUUCAUAAUAUAUAUCCAAAUAUACCAGAUUCAGCUGAAAUAUAUCAACAUUUCUAUAAUGAAUUGCCUAUAUAUAAACCGUAUACCGAUCAACAUAAAGAUGACAGCGUAUCCGUUGAUUCUUUGGAGUUUAUAGACGAAAAUUUGUUUGAAAUUAAGCAAAAUCUGUAUCCACUUAACCUAGAUGAAUUAGAGAGGACAAAUAAAAUAUCACAUCCAAUAGAUGUCGAUUUAGAAGGCAUAUAUAAAAACGCAUAUACAACCAAACCCGAUUCAGAUUAUGAGGAAAAUGUUGAAAGUAUUUAUACUGUCGAUCCGAAUUAUGUGGAAAACGUAGAACAAAACUUAAAUCCUAAUGAACAUAUAUAUACACUUCUACCAGACUAUACGGAUGAUAUUAAUCCAAAUAUUCAUUCAACUUAUCAAUAUAUUUAUCCCGUUACACCUGGUUAUGUAGAUAAUAUAAACCAGAAUUUAUACCCCAAGGAAUCAGAUCUAGAAAAAUAUUAUUUAAAUCCAUUGAGCCCUGUUAACAAAGAUCCAAAUUUGUACACAAUGGAACCGGCAUCCAUCACGAGAACAAAUGAAUAUCCAUAUACCGACCAGCCAAUCGGUAGCGAAACCACAAGUCAAAAUGAAUUUCCAGUUGAUGACAAUAAAAAUCCUGCUAGACAAAAUUAUGUAGAGUCAAUCGAAAAUCCCGAGAAAUCUGUUUUUAUAGAAAAUAUUAAUCAAGAAUUUUAUCCAGUCCAUCUGGUUGGAGAUAAUCAAAAUUUGUAUACAGCUGAGCCAGAUUAUACCAAAACCAAUGAAGAAUUUCAAACAAGUAAACCAAAUUAUAUAGAUUUGGAUAAUUAUACAAUUAAUCCGAAUAAAUAUACUGUUACAACAGAUGAUGUUGAAAAUAAUGACCAAUGGAAUCCAGUUUUAUCAGAUUCUUUGAAAAAUACAAACGAUAAUUUAUAUACACACCAACCUGAUUACGUGGAUAAUUAUUCAGUCAACCAUCAUAAAUUCCCUGUUAUGCAUGAUUAUAUGGAAGAUAAUGACAAAAAUUUGAAUCCAAUAUCAACAGGUUUUGUGAAACAUCCCAAUGACAAUUUGUAUUAUCAUCAAUCUGACAGUGACGAUAAUUAUUCAGUCAAUCAGCAUAAAUAUCCUGUUAGGCAAGAUCAUGAUGAUAACAAUGAUGAAAAUUGGGACCCAAUUGUAACCGGUUAUAUGGAAAAUACAAACUAUAAUGUCUACACACGCCAACCUGACUUCGUCGAUAAUUAUCUUGUCAAUCAGCACGAAUACCCUGUUAUGCAUGGUUUUAUUGAAAAUAAUAACCAAAAUUGGAAUCCAAUAUCACCAGGCUUUGCGAAAAAUACCAAUGACAACUUGUAUUAUCAUCAACCUGACAGUGAAGAAAAUUAUUUAGUCGAUCAGCAUAGAUAUCCUCUUAGGCAAGAUUAUGAUGAUAACGAUGAUGAAAAUUGGAAUCAGAUUUCAGUCGAUUAUGUGGAAAAUACCAAUGAAAAUAUGUAUACACGCCAACCUGUCUUAGUAGAUAAUUAUCCUGUCAAUCAGCAUGAAUAUCCUGUACAUCAAGACUAUGUUGAAAAUAAUGAUCGAGAUUGGAAUCCAAUUGUAGCCGGUUAUGUGGAAAAUAACAUCGAUAAUUUGUAUUAUCAUCGACCCGGCUAUACAGAUAAUUAUUCGGUCAACCAAUACGAAUAUCCUGGUACAGCAGACAUAAAUAAAAUUAAUCAAUACAAAUAUCCAGUCCGUCCAGAAUAUGUAACGAAAACUACACAAAAUUUGUAUAUAAACCAACCAGAUUAUGCUGAAAACAUAGCUCACAAUGUCUAUCCAUCAAAACUAAACAACUUAGGCAAUGAAAAUCUAAAUUAUCUAAUCAGGCCGAAGUAUUUUGAAAAUAAUAACCCUAAUGUGUACGAACUCGAACCGGAAAAUAUUGAAAAUCAAUUUUAUUUACACCAACCUAACUAUUUAGAUUAUGUACGUAACAAGGUUUAUUCUUACAAUCACUUACCGGAAAUUACAUAUGAAUAUCCAAUAAAAUCAGCUAAAAGAAAUCAAGUUACAAAUGUAGAAAAUCUGAGUCCCAGUGAUGUUAAUCUACAAUCUAAUUUAAAUCCAUCUACAAAUAAUAGUGUAAUCGAUUUUAGUAAUGAAUCAACUGUUGCACCUGUUUAUUUUCUGGAUAUAAUUUCUACAGCUCCUAAUGCAGUUCAACCCGUUGACGUAACUUCACAAACUUUAAAUGUUAAAGUCAACUCGGCAGAUCAACCAUCGACAAUGAAACCAAAAUCUUAUGUAGACAAAGUGUCUGACCAUAUUAAUAUUUUAAAUAAACCCUUUGAAAAACCACCCCAAACUUUAAAUGCAAUAAAUUCGGAAAACUGGCCAGUGUACGCAUAUCCAAAAUCGAAUGAAAAUGGAAAACUCUCAGAUGAUAAUUAUAAACAAUUAUUAGAAGAGCUGAAACAGUAUGAUUUUAUUAAAUACGGACAGACUCCUAAAAAUGGAUACGCAUACGACAUCAACACUUUGGAUCAUAAUAAAAAUGAGAAACCGUACAGUUGGAAUGACAGGGAUUGGUUCAAAUCUUAUUACGACAACGCACUAAAAAAACCUGGACAUUUCAAUGUCUAUUUGAAUGAUAAAAAAAUUAACUUUAGGCCAGGAACAUAUAACAAAUCCGUUUUAGAAAAAUUGUAUGGACAAAAUGUAAGAAUUAACGGUUACCUCCAUAAGGUUGAUUUAGAAGCAUUAGUGAAUAUGGCGCAUUAUGUGUCGGCAAGCUACGAUAGCCAACUAGCCACAAAAGAAUUGAGUUUGUUGCUAGAAGUGCGCGAUAAAAUUGAUAUUUCAAUCGUAACUAAUGUAAUUUGGAACGAAAUACUUAGAUUGAGAACUUUAGGAGUAUUUGAAGAGAAUAUAAUACAAUUCGUUCAUAAAUUAGUGGCCGAUAUAGUGCCCUACGCUUUUAGGGACUCCCAAAAAUGUCAAGAAAUACUUUUGAAACAUUUGUUGUCUUCCAUUAAGGAACUGGAAAGUAAUGACAUGUGAACGUGCUAAUUUAUAUAUGUAUUAUGUAUAUAAAUAUUGUCAACACAUAUUUUAGACGAAAACAUGUGUGAUUUUUGUAUGUAAUAUAUUUUAUUGUGUAAAUUUAAUAAAGUAAUUUUAAGUA